GGAGGAGGAGGAGGAUGGCACCCGGCGAUGAGAAACGGCACCUCCUGAGCGAGGGCACCGGCGGGUCCUACGUGGGGGCUGCGCAGAAGGACGGGCACAAGGCGGAGCAGGGGCAGGCGCCCGCCCUGGAGCUGGGGACACGGCGUGGCCGCCACUGCCACACGCGGGGGGCCGGUGGCCACCCCGGCCAGCAGCAGCGAGCGCGCAGGAAGCUCUACCUGGCCGCUGGCAUCUGCCUGUUCUUCAUGGUGGGGGAAGCCGUGGGCGGGUACCUGGCACACAGCCUGGCCAUCCUGACGGACGCCGCCCACCUCCUGACGGACUUUGCCAGCAUCAUGAUCAGCCUCUUUGCACUCUGGGUGUCCUCACGCCCCCCCACCAAAACCAUGAAUUUCGGAUGGCACCGGGCAGAGAUCCUGGGGGCCCUGCUCUCCGUGCUCUCCAUCUGGGUGGUCACGGGGGUCCUGGUCUACCUGGGGGCGCAGCGCCUGCUCUCGGGUGACUACGACAUCGAGGGCGGGGUGAUGCUCAUCACCUCCGCCUGCGCCGUGGCCGUCAACAUCGUGAUGGGGGUGGCUCUGCACCAGACGGGCCACGGGCACAGCCACGGGGGCGAGCAGCCCAACGCCAGCGUCCGCGCCGCCUUCGUGCACGUCGUGGGCGACCUGCUGCAGAGCGUGGGCGUCCUCAUCGCCUCCUACAUCAUCUUCUUCAAGCCAGAGUACAAGUACGUGGAUCCCAUCUGCACCUUCCUCUUCUCCGCGUUGGUGCUGGGGACAACGCUGACUAUCCUCCGUGAUGUCCUCCUCGUCCUCAUGGAGGGGACCCCCAAAGGGAUGGAUUUCAACGCGGUGCGGGAGACGCUGCUGGCGGUGCGGGGCGUGGAGGCCGUGCACAGCCUGCACAUCUGGGCGCUGACAGCGGCGCAGCCCCUGCUCUCCGUGCACAUCGCCAUCAACGCGGCCGCCAGCGCGCAGGAGGUGCUGGAGGAGGCCAGCUCCCGGCUGCAGGGCGCCUUCCACUUCCACACCACCACCAUCCAGGUGGAGAGCUACUCCGAGGAGAUGCGGGACUGCCGGGAAUGCCAACCCCCCCGCGACUGACUCCUGCCCUCGCAUCCCAGGGGACUUUUCACGUGUGAAAAAAUAAAGCGGAGCACACGGGGGUGUGUG